AAACAAAUCUUUGUGGAUAAAGCAGGACGAAGACACCUAGAUAUCGUGUUUAACACGAAACUCAAGUGAGCGCGAGGGUUGCCAAAGACGCAUCAACCAUUUCCCUUUCCCGCCUAAUCACAAACUACAUCACUCCCAAACUGAAAUUCUGGUAACCCUUCCUUCAAAUUCAUCUUCUCCGUCUCAACACAGCACAACGAAACCAAAUAAUCAAUCCAUGAUAUCACUGUCACACUGUCCAUGCCCUUGAAAAGCUUUAUCCGGCGGAGACUAUUGUCUCUGCUUCAGCCAUGGCUCCGAGAAGAGCCUCACCUCGAUCUCCAAUUAGGGUUCCUCCACUCUCUCGCCGUUCUCACCAACCUCAGCUUCGACGUUUCCUCUCUCAACCGCCUCUUCGACGCACCCGCGUUUCUGUUCUUCAAGGACCUCACCGUCGAUCGCAUCACCUUUAGAUUCUCCACCUGGUUCCCUCUGGCGUUCACGAUCGAACUUCACGGCGUGCGCGUCGUGCAAUCUUUCGAGAAGCCGGAAGCUGAGGAAUGCGUGGCGCGGUUGCGAAAUUCGAAGUAUGAUCAUUCGGAUUAUCUGAGAAAAAAACUCUCGGCUCUUGAUCCUGAGGGCUGUUCAUUGCAUCACAUUUUGGAGAGAAUCUUAUUUGAUGUAUCUGAGAAAAAAAAUUUAACAAUAUCUUUUUGGAAUAUUAUUUUGAAAAACUGUCAUCUAGUGGCACAUCGCAUUCAUGUGGAGGUUCAAUUGCCAGUCUUAAAUGAUGAGUUUACGUGUUUUGGGGAAAUAAGUGAGUUUAGUGCAAGACCUAAAUGUGUGGAUAGAAAAUGCUUACUUAGAGGUUUUGUCCAUACAAUUUUUACUCCAGUGAAAGAGAACACUGUUAUAUUAAAAGGUGAUGGAUUCAGGGUCAGAUUAAUUGGAAAAAACUCCACAGACCAUGCUUUGGUUUCUUCUGAUGUACAAAUUUAUAUUAAAUUCAGAGAUCUUAAGCUGAUAAAUUGCACUCUCUGUAUUCCAGAACUGGCUUUUUCGUUAUCUCCAGAUGGCAUUCCUUCAUGUCUACUUUUUCACAAAUUGCUAUCUAAUAAGUAUAAUCAAUCUAGAAGUGCUGGAGAAUUAUGGAGAAUAGCUGCCAGCAGAAUUGGCCAUGUGACUGUAACUUCUAGGUUGUCAUUAUAUAGAUUAGUUGGAGUUAUAGGUCAAUGGAUACAUUACGUCAAUGCUUAUGAGAAUAUCUUGCUGUUAUUUGGAUAUUCUACUAGCUGCACAUGGAAAAACUUCAUUUCUAAAAUGUCUUAUAAUAAAUCGAUUUUAAGUUCUGCUAGAUGUCAUUGGGAGUUGAUCUCUGACAUUGAGAAAAAGUUGCCUAUUGAAGGCAUAUCACUGGGAAGGAGAAUAGCCCGUCACAGAGCAGCAUUGAAGUUUUCAAUUAAUCGUCAUGAGGAAUUUGCUACCACAAAUAAAAUUUUUCGUCCUAUUCUUUUUAUUCUGGGAUUUAUGUGGAAAAUGAUCUAUGUGGCUGUCCAUUGUCUAGCAAAUAUAUUUUCUGGGAAAAGAACGGUGCAGGAUUCAGAUAUUGAUGGAUGUUGUUUAGAUUCGUUGGAAAGUCUUAUUGAAAACUCUUGUCAAAUUUAUUGUCUUACUGUCAACUUUGGGAAAAUCAUAAUGACAGUUUCCACAAUCAACAAUAUUCAUCCAUCUGUAUAUGAAAAGUUACAGUCAUCUGCUGGGAUUGUUUGCUUAGAUGGCCUUUCAAUUUGGCUUCGUAUUGAUGCUUUGUUAUUAGUAUCUAUAGAAGAUCUUUUUGAACAGAAAGUCUUUCUAUCAUGUGGGCAAAUGAAGGUUGAAUCUACACCUUUGACAAUGGCAGGAGAUGCAUGUGCAGUGAAUCAACUUAGUUCAGCUAAAGGAAAUGAAAUGGAAGGUGAGAAUCAUAUGGAAUCUAUUAUGUGGGUUGCACCUGCCAAAGUAUUUCUUUCAGAAAUUGAUGCUGGCCAAACUGAAGAUGCUUGUGAUGCUUAUAUUGAAAGCUUCAUGGAAAGGUUGUCCAUGAGUUGGAAAGGAGUUUGCAGAAAAUUGAAUGAUACUGAGAUUGAGUAUUCUGAAAACCCAUGCCUUCUCUCUAAGGUUAAGAUAUCUUCCACGUGCCCAGACCAUAAGAAUCCAAAUUUUGGAUUUUGUGAGUGUGGUUUAAUGCUAGGGAAAUUAAAUUUAGUUUUGCGUCAUUCUUCAGUAUCGUUACUCUCUCUAGUUCUUGGUAAGAUCCAACAUGCUAUUUACUGGGAGGACAGAAGGGAAGUGUCCAUUGCUUCAGAGUUUAGGGACAAAGCUGAAAUUGCUUGGAUUGACAAAUAUGACUAUUCCAAAGAAUUGAUUAUGAUCUUGCUUCAAAAGCUUCCCGAGAAACUCAUUCAUUUUGGAGUAUUUUUUGAGGGUCUUUCUGUUAAAUUUUCACACAGAAGGGAGGCCAAUCAAGAAAUUGACGACAUUAUCAGUCAGGACAAUUUUGAUCUCACUUUUGAUUUCCGUGAGAUUAAAGUGGUUUUCAGUUCAUCUUCUUCAUUUGAUAUGACACCAAUGACAGGUCAAUUGGGGAAUGGCAAUGCUAAAGCAGAGUGUGUUAAAUUGGAGCCUCGGGUGAUUGAAAUUCCAAAACCAAGUAAUGACAAAUAUUCAACCUCAGGAAAAGUUUCCAUACGUUUCUUCCUUCUUCUAAAUGGCACAAAUGCUUGUUUGGAGAAACCAGAAGAAAACCUUCCGAUUCAACUUUUUCUAUUGAAGCCAAUCACUAUCAAUAUAUUGUCCUUUAGGUAGGAGCUUUGGAUACGGGCUGGUACUUUGUUUUUACUAUCAACU